CUACAAUCUAUAAUGCACUGCACUGCACCCGAUGAUACGAAUUUGUGCUCGAGCGACUGUUCGCUCUCCGGCACUAUGUGUGCUUCGGCAAUCACAAGUGUACCGUCAAUUCAGCAGCACGCAAUGGCGCAAAGAAGACCCGCGCAUUGAAAAUGCUGGCCGUGAGAUUACAGACGACUAUGCUGCGCUGCGCGAGAAAUAUGAUACUCCAAAACAUACCCUGGUCCUCGCCCACGGCCUACUAGGCUUCGAUGAGCUUCGCCUCGUUGGUCACUUCAUACCGGGCUUGAAAUACUGGCGCGGCAUAACGGAUGCUCUGGCAGCAAACGGCAUCGAAGUCAUUGUUGCUACUGUACCACCGAGUGGGAGCAUUGAAGCCCGGGCAGCAAAGUUGGCGGAGAGUAUAGCCAAGAAAGCGAAGGGAAAGAAGGUCAAUAUCGUCGCACACAGCAUGAGCGGUCUCGACUCGCGUUACAUGAUCAGUCAACUUCGUCCGACAGACUUUCAAGUACUCUCUCUUACCACGAUCGCGACACCACACCGUGGCUCAGCAUUUGCGGACUACAUGUUCGAAACAAUUGGCCCGCGCCAUAUCAAGAGAAUAUACACAGUCAUAGAGUACUUUGGUUUCGAAACAGGCGCCUUCUCCCAGCUCACCCAAGGGUACAUGAAAGAAAACUUCAAUGCGAAGACCCCGGAUAUCGACGAUGUCAAGUACUACUCCUAUGGCGCGUCCCUUGAACCUGCUCGGUGGUCCGUGUUUGCACCUUCGCAUGCGAUCAUCAAAAAAGUUGAAGGCCACAACGAUGGUUUGGUCAGUGUGGAAUCAAGCCAAUGGGGCGACUACAAGGGCACUUUGAUCGGUGUUAGCCAUCUCGAUUUGAUCAACUGGACGAACCGCCUGAAGUGGUACUUCUGGGAGCUCACAGGGAGCAAGAGAAAUUUCAACGCCAUUGCACUCUACCUUGACAUAUGCGACAUGCUCGCCAAAGAGAAUUUGUAGCCUGGUAUGCCCGUCCUGCAAUCAACAGACAGGCAGUGUGUCUAUAAAUAGUCUCGAGCAAAAGCCGUACGAUGGCAUGUAAGGCAUGAGGAGAUACUGAGCCUUGUCGGAGGAACAGUGCUCAAAGGAGGAAAGCGGACGGUUUUGCCCGGCAAAGCGGCCGAAUAUGUGGCUGUGCAGAGCUCGUAGCUGAAAAGACUCCGAAAUAUACUCG